UGCGGCUGUCCGGUCCAUUACAGAAGGCAACCACUUAUCUUACCACGAAACAAACGCCAACUAACAUCGCAUGACACUAGUAAGUUAAGCAAUGCAAACAAGUAACCGCCUUCAACGCUUAGCGCAUGACAAUGAUGUGACAAGCUUGCAGCAGGAUGAUGAUCACCUGGACGAAACGCUCGCAAUGCGUAAGCUAGCUACCAAGCAGAUACAAGAAGCCAUGGAAUUCGUCAAAGAUAAAAAGGAUUACGAAGAGGCUAUCCGUCUCGUCCCAAACAUAGUCGAGGCCGAAACACACGCGUCCUUGUUUAUGCGCCGUGAAGACUUUAACGCUUGGGCGGCCGCUACUAGACUCGCGAUUUACUGGAAGACGAGACGAGAAACGUUUGCGGAGCGGGCUUUUCGGGCCAUGUUUGAUUUAUCUGGAGGUGGAUGCUUAGAUAAAGAAGACGUGAAGGAUCUCAAGACAGGUCUUGUUGCCCGCCUUCCUGCGGACUCCAGCGGCCGUUCCAUUUACUGUAUCGAUCACGCUCGAAUGUCUGGACCAGAGAGCGUGGUAAAUGAAAAGAGAAUACGCUUUUUGUUCUUUUGGAUUUCCCUGGCGGGUCAGAAUCGGAAGGCGCAAAAAAACGGAAUGGUCUUUUUGCGAAUUAUGGACCGUCCCGUAGUGGAUAGGAGUGCCAAUAAUCGGGUUCUUCAUUUUAUGAGCAAUGGAAUGGCUGUGCGGAUCGAAGGGUUUCAUCUUAUUUACAUCCCACCGACAGCUAAAGACCGGAGAUAUUCGGACAAUCUGGUCACCCUACUGCUUCAGAUCUUGAAGCACGCCUUGGGUGAUCGCGGAAAUUUGCAUAUUGGGUACUCGGGUAUUGAAGUUCUUCCACAGCUCUUACCGUAUGGCUUGAAAGCGGAGGGGUUACCAGUUACACUGGGUGGCAGCUGGACCUACGACAAACUUGAAGCGUGGAUCAAAUACCACCAAAUGGUAUAUCAAGCUCCCGGGAAGAAGCCAAAAUCAAACAACCUUCCAACCAUCAAAGGGCAAGUAGUCCUCAGAUCGACGGGGACUAGAACUUCAACCAACAUUUCGCAGUCAUCUCCUUUUCCAGCAGUACAGUCCAACGACCGCAUGGUACACAGAAGUUUUACGUGCCGGAUUCAGCGCCGAAAAAGCGUCAAGCAAAAGAUCGAUUUAGUGGGCGCUCGAUACCGCCGUGGAAUAAAACUCAACCCCACCAAAACAUAA